AUGAUUGAUGAUCAACCUGAUAUUUUCCUGUUACUUCAAUGGCUUGAACCACUUGUUGACUGGAAACCAUUUGGCCUUCUCUUACCUGGAAUAACACAACAUGAAAUUUCAGUGAUAGAACAAGUAGAUGCUAAACACCAAAAACUAGCUUUAUUUACGAAAUGGUUGAAUACAGAUCCUACAGCAGCUUGGAGCGAUGUACUCAAUGCAUUGACUAAAAGAGAAGAGAUUAAUUUAUUACAAACUAUUAAUGAUCAGUUACAAUGUCCAAGAGGUACCGGUAAUAAUACUCCUACUGUACCAACUCCUGAACCUGCUACUCCUACACCAUCAGGUAUUCCCAAGGAUAUCCUACAGAGUCAUUCAUAUAAAUUAGUUCAAGCUAUUAGUGUGAAUCUGUGCAAUGUAACUGAUGCACUGUAUGCUAAAGACCUGAUACCACAACAAACUAAAGAGGAGAUGCUUGUAUUAGGAGUAACUGAUAAUGAGAAAGCUAGUAAACUUGUGAAUGUCAUUCAAACACAGUUGGAAGUCUAUUCUGAUUCAAAGCAGUAUUUAAUUGACAUGUGUUGUGUAUUAAUACACCAGCAACAUCGUGCACUAACUGAUAUUGUUUCUUCUAUGUUAAUGGAAUUAGGCUAUUCAAUGCUAGAAGUUUCAACAUUUAUUAAGUCACUACCUGAUAAUGUUCAAGGAUAUGCUGACAAUAUGAGACAACACUACAAACACCAACCUAUUGUUGCUACAGACUGGCCACCAAGAAUUGGAAAAGAUUACUUUGGAAGAUUAGCAUUAAUAGAAAAAAAAAUCUUGGAUUUCAAUGCAGGUGUUGCAAAAUCAGCUUGGCAUAUGCUAAGAGGGCAAAUUGAUAAAAUAUAUGAACUAACUGAAAUCAAAAUGAUAAAUAUUGAAGAUCUCCUCCAACCCACAGAUGAGUUCCUCAAUCUUCCUCAACUGACAAUAUUUCACAUUAGGAUGGUUGACCCUACCAUACCAACAAUUGACGAUACCUUCCAAGCAAAAAAGUGUGCUGAACUUGAGAAAUGCAUAGAAAAGAAUUUCAAAAUAAAAGAAAUGGCGAUUCAGUAUCUUCACUUUAAAUCUUCUAAGAUAUUCAGCAGUAGCAGCGUCAUAUUGAACGGUGAAUAA